CGCCGGUGUCGACGGCCACGGCAGAUUCGCGACCUAGCAUGGCGUACUCUGGCUCCUCUGCGUGUGUGGAUCCCAUGCUCGACGUGUGGGACGGUUCCAAUUUCACAUAGAAUGUCUAUGUACUUCUUCCGGCUGCACAACCUGCGCAGAGCUGCCGAGGAGGACAAGAAGAAGAAGCAGCUGUUGCGGCGCCGUCGCGGCGGCCGUCACCGUUACGCCGACGCCGCGCUCACGUUGGCACCCAGCAGGCUGUUCGAGCGGCCGCCCCUCACCCCCUCCGACAGUCUCGACGAGGUGGCGCUGCAGAUCCCCAGGGUGCGAGUCGAGUACUACGUCAAUGAAAAUACCUUUAAGGAACGACUGCAACUGUACUUUAUUAAGAAUCAAAGGUCUAGUCUUAGGAUACGAAUAGCUAACUUAUUUUUUAAACUGCUCACAUGCAUCCUGUAUAUAAUUCGAGUCAUCACGGACGUGGAUCCCAUGAACGCAAAAUGUUAUGGGUGUCCAAUAGGCAACAAGACGGAGUUCAUGGCCUCCGCCAAUCUCACCGAGGAGAAGUUCCAGGAAAACCCCAUCAUCAACUGGGACGCGAUUCUGUGGGUGAACCGCCCCCUUGAGCUGUGGGUGGUGCAAGUCGUGCUGGCCAUCAUUAGCCUCACGGAGGCGCUGCUGUUGGCCUAUCUCGGGUACAAGGGUAACAUUUGGCAGCAGCUGCUCUCCUUCCAUUUCAUCUUAGAAAUAGUCAACACAAUUCCAUUUACCUUAACACUCUUCUACCCUCCGCUGAGGAACCUGUUCAUUCCAGUAUUCUUAAAUUGUUGGCUGGCGAAGCAGGCGCUGGAAAACAUGUUUAACGACCUGCACAGAGCGAUGCAAAAGUCACAGUCGGCCUUGUCUCAACAGCUCACCAUCCUCUCGGCGACUUUGCUGUGCCUCGUCUUCACAAGCGUAUGCGGUAUUCAGCACUGUCAGCGUGCGGGCCACCGUCACCUCAAUCUCUUCCAGGCCACCUAUUACGUCGUCGUAACCUUCUCCACAGUCGGCUACGGAGACCUGGUGCCUGACAUCUGGCCCUCCCAGCUGUGGAUGGUCAUCAUGAUAUGCGUCGCCCUCAUCGUCCUGCCCACACAGUUCGAGCAAUUGGCCUUCACGUGGAUGGAACGUCAGAAAUUAGGGGGAUCUUAUUCCUCCCACAGGGCGCAGUCGGAGAAGCACGUAGUAGUUUGUAGCACGACGCUCCACGCAGACACCAUCAUGGACUUCCUUAACGAAUUCUACGCCCAUCCUCUGCUCCAGGACUACUACGUGGUCCUGUUGUCUCCGAUGGAGCUAGACACCACGAUGCGGAUGAUCCUGCAGGUGCCCAUAUGGGCGCAACGCGUCAUCUACAUCCAAGGCUCCUGCUUGAAGGACGCUGAUCUAGCCCGGGCGAGGAUGAACGAGGCUGAGGCCUGUUUUAUACUGGCGGCCCGGAAUUACGCGGACAAAACGGCAGCGGACGAACAUACCAUCCUUAGGUCGUGGGCUGUAAAGGACUUCGCACCUGGUGUGGCCCAGUACGUGCAGAUCUUCCGGCCGGAGAACAAGCUGCACGUCAAGUUCGCCGAAUUCGUGGUGUGCGAGGACGAAUUCAAAUACGCCCUGCUGGCCAACAACUGUACCUGUCCCGGCGCCUCCACCCUGGUCACGCUCCUCCUUCACACCUCCAGGGGACAGGAGGGCCAGCAAUCUCAGGAGGAGUGGCACCGCCUGUACGGCCGGUGCUCCGGCAACGAGAUCUACCACAUCGUGCUCGGCGACAGCCGCUUCUUCGGAGAGUACGAGGGCAAGAGCUUCACGUACGCCAGCUUUCACUCGCACAGGAAGUACGGCGUGGCCCUGGUGGGCGUGCGGCCCGCCGAGCUGCCGGAGUUCUACGAGGACACUAUCCUGCUGAACCCCGGUCCCAGGCACAUCAUGAAGAAGAGCGACACCUGCUACUACAUGAGCAUCACCAAGGAGGAGAAUUCGGCGUUCAGCGUGGCCAACCAGCAACCAAACAACAACAACUCCUCCUCGACGGACCCCGUCAUCGUCACGGCAAAAGAGGAGGAAUCGAAGGCGCCAACCCCCGCCACACACAAAGACGGUACCGGCCCCCCUCAACUCAUUCUGCAAGUCCCCACCUGUGUCACCACGUUUCCCGAUCACACCGGCUCCAGCGACUCCAGACAAUGCCUGAAAGAGUCCUCCCCUGGGUCGAUCACCUUCGACGUUUCCAUUACAGGCAACCACCUAGACAUCCCGCGCAGCGACAACCCCAACCUGCUGAGCCCCGAGACUGGUGGCGGCAUCGCCGCCCAACGCAGGAACUCCCGCCGACCCAGCAUCUUGCCCGUGCCCGACAUGUUCACCAGCAGCACCCUCAACAUCUCGCAGGACGCCGCCGACGAGGCGGACGAGAGCGAGGACGAGCUGGAGGACGACGUACCGUGGAGGUCUCCCAGCGAGAAAAUCGCCAUCGUAAAGGGCUUCCCGCCCGUCUCGCCCUACAUCGGCGUCAGCCCCACCCUCUGCUACCUCCUGAAGGAAAAGAAACCCCUGUGCUGCCUCCAGCUGGCCCAGGUGUGCGAGCACUGCAGCUACCGCAACGCCAGGGACUACCAGUGGCAGAACAAGACCAUCAUCUUGGCGGCGGACUACGCCUCCAACGGCAUCUACAACUUCAUCAUACCGCUGAGGGCGCACUUCAAGUCCAAAACGUCGCUCAAUCCGAUCAUUUUGCUGCUGGAAAGGAGGCCCGAUAUUGCGUUUCUGGACGCGGUUUCUUAUUUUCCCUUGGUGUAUUGGAUGCUAGGCUCCAUCGACUGCCUAGAUGACCUACUUCGAGCGGGGAUAACACUGGCGGAAAACGUGGUGGUCGUGAACAAGGAGCUCUCGAAUUCCGCCGAAGAGGACUCGCUCUCCGACUGCAACACCAUCGUUGCAGUCCAAACUAUGUUCAAAUUUUUUCCGAGCAUAAAGAGCAUCACGGAACUCUCCCAGUCCUCGAACAUGCGCUUCAUGCAGUUCCGUGCCCACGACAAGUACGCCCUCCACCUCUCCAAAAUGGAAAAGAGAGAAAAAGAGCGCGGUUCCCACAUCUCCUACAUGUUCCGACUACCCUUUGCAGCCGGCAGCGUCUUCAGCGCCAGCAUGUUGGACACCUUGCUGUACCAGGCCUUCGUCAAAGAUUACGUCAUCACGUUCGUCAGGCUGCUGCUCGGUAUCGACCAGGCGCCGGGAUCGGGUUUUCUCACUUCGAUGCGCAUCACCAAGGACGACAUGUGGAUCCGCACCUACGGCCGCCUCUACCAGAAGCUGUGCUCCACCACGUGCGAGAUCCCCAUCGGCAUCUACCGCACGCAGGACACCUCGCUGUCGGACUCGUCUCACCUUGACGAGGAUCUGGGACCGGAUAGAGUAGGGGUCACUUACCGGCCGAAGGAUGGCACCAACUGCCUGGGAUGCUCGAACAGGCGCAGCUCCAUGUAUUCAAUCAACAUGGGCGACGAGGCCAAGGACAACCACGACCAGCAGAUCGAGAGGGCCGAAAUCGCCAACCUGGUGCGGUCCAGGAUGGAGAGCCUCAACCUACCCACCAUCGACUACAACGACGUCAGCGAGAAACGCAACAGCCUGUCCUACGUCAUCAUCAAUCCCAGUUGCGAUCUCAAAUUGGAAGAGGGCGACAUCAUCUACCUUGUUCGUCCGAGUCCGUUCUCAGCACAAAAGACCUUCGAACGACACAACAGCCGACGCAAGUCAAAUAUCAGUUUCUGCUCUCAGACGCUGAUCCAACAGAUGGCGUCCAGUUCCCAAGCGGCGAGCCGCAGGGGUUCGGGUCUGGGCCUGUCGGGGUACCAGUCGCCGCGACCGCCGCCUCUAGCCACAACCAAGUCCAAUUCCCUCUCCUUACCGGACAGCCCGACGGUGGCGGGCUAUCAGAGGGGCAGAUCCAACUCCUUGCGCGUCAUAGACGACAUCCUUCUGCGCAGAUCGAACUCGCUGAGGCAAGGACUCACCAACAUCGGCAGCGCCAGGAGGAAGAGCAGUCUCGAGGACAUAGGACUGUCUCACUUCUCCACGAACUACAACAACCCCAUAAAGAUCGCGCUGAACGGAAGCAUAGGCUUGGAAGUGACUCCCCCGGAGGAGAACAGCCCGCCGGUGAUCUCGAGCAAUACCGCGCCAGUGGUGAACCCCUCACUGCACCUGACGGGCAGCACUUUGAGUCUGGCGCAGAGCGGUCUGCCUAGCUCCAGCAGUUCCCUGCCUCAGCCGCUCAACCUUGGACUCAGCGUGCCGUACGGGGAGGGCGGGCCGGCCUCUCAGCAGACGGCGUUGCCUCCGACGGGUGCGCCGACGGACCCCCAGCAGCUCCAGGGGACGAUCGUAUGAUACAACCUAAUGUGGGGGAGGAGAACGGGCAGCUUGAGGAACAAGUGGCUCUGAACAUCCUCGCUUCCACAGUAGUCGCUCUGCGGUAGCAAGUAGUUUCGUCGGAUACUGUUCGUUGGAGAUGUGGGGCGGUUUUUCGAUGAUUUCGCUGUAUUUUGGUAUCGUGGGGUUCAUACUAAAUAUAAACUAGAUCACGCUCAUACCGUUUUGGGGUCGCUGAAUCCGUUUGACGAAAUUAGCUCGGGUUCAAGGUUAUUUCAAGGUUAACUAUUCUUUUAUGGUAAAAUUUUUGACCCUGGAAUCUAAAAGAACGAGAAAUUCUACGUUCGAUUCAGUGGUUGAUUUAUUUUUUCAAGGUUCAAGGUUAUUUGAAGGUUAACUCUUCAAAGGUUUCACUGUGAAACCAAUUAUGCCAAGGCUAGUAAGAAGUCUAUCGUCGCCAUCGAUUUGAUGGAUAAAAAUCAUCAUCCCACUGUGUUAGAGAUGAUUCUAGUAGUUUUUAUCAAAAUGACCUUCAAGAUCAAAUCAGGUUACCAUUUGGUGGGCCUAUCUCGCUCUCCUGAAUAAGAUACCAACCUGAGAAUUUCGAGAGAAAUUUUACGUUCAGAAGCGUGACUGACUAAUUUUUAAGAAGGUCGUGUUCAAGGUUAUUCGAAAGUCAAUUCUUGUUUUUUUUUAUGAUAAUACAAUUUCUGACCCCGAAUUCUGAAAGAGCAAGAAAUUUUACAGUCAAGGACGUAGUCGAGUUAUUUUUUUCAUUUUCAAGAUCAUUUGAAGGUCGGAUCAUCCUUUCGAACUUCUCAGGUUGGUAUCUCGUCGGAAUAGCGAAAUAUCGGGAAAGUGACCUGUACAAAAGUUGUUUGGGUCAUUUUGGACCACCAUCUGGUGACCUUGGAUUUGACAUCGGCAUGCCGAUUUCGAAAUGUAUGGUAUAUAAUCUGUACCAAAGUAUUAUGUAUUCUCAAAACUUUAUCAACAGCAAAUUUCCAAGAAAAAUAUUUAUGAUGUGACUGAAGAAAGAUAACAGGUACUGCAAAUGUCAAUGAAAUACUUUUGUCAUAAAAUAAAUAAACAGAGGAAUCCAAAAAAAAUAAAUGACAAACAUUUAUUCACCAAUUUGCUUUAAACCUUGAACAACAAAAGAAGAAGUUUCCGUAAUGAAAACUAAAGUAGAACUGCUGAUUAUAUAAAACCAAUAUACAGCGCGGUCUCGAAUAAAGUCCCACAUCGAACAUAUCGAUAGUAUCUGGUUUCGUAUAGCGCAGAGCUAGUUCUUACCAUUAUUGGCCUUAUGAACUUUCUAUCAGAACCUUAGACUGAUAAAUUUAAUCUCUUGCCGGGCGCGUAUCGACCGGUCUAGCCAAAUUUUCCGUAAUGCGUAGUCGGCCCCCCCCCUUUUUACCAUGCCACCCACCCGUAAUAGAAUUUGAGAACACAUCCAUGAAUUUUCCCAAAACGUCAGUUAAUUUGCAGACGAAUGUUAGAAACAAAAACCUUAAUGAAGUUUGUGAACAACAGAUGACGUGUUAUAUUUAUGGAGCUGAAUAGUAGAUGGCGCAAUAUGUACUACUAUCACUGAUUUACUGUCAAGUAAAAAAUCCCUAAAUCUUAGCGUCAUUAAUUUUAUUGAUUGACAUAAUACGAUUGCAGAUUAGUUGAAUAAAAUGUCGUGAAAAAUUGCACCAAUUGGAACAAAAAUUGUGCAUGUGUUUUCAAAGACCCCCCCAAAUUGAAACCGCUUAGCUCAAUAGAGGAACCCAUCCGUAAAUUGGUUUGUAAAUAAUGGUAUCAACCGUUUCUUCCACGGUCCUUAGUGUAGCUUAUCAGUAAAAUUCGUUCAGGUAUGUUGAAUGCGGGAUCAAAUAUUGUAGUUAGUUUUAACUGUGGUUCUCUCGAUCUUUAGCUAUUGUAAAUAAAAUAUCUGAAAUAAAUAAUGUACGGAGUACAGCGCACGGCGUAUAUUAAAUGACCCGCUCAAAUUUGUAUGCGUUGCUGGUUGCGUUCUUAGCCCAAGAUAAUAUGAAAUAAGGUAGAUUCAAAUUUGUUUAACAAAACAUCGGUAUUUUGGCAAUAAGUACACAAUAAAAUAGCAUAACAUUUUAAACUGAGUAAACAGUUAGAAUCAUUCGUCAGCAGAACCACCAGACAUAUACUGGUUUCGAUCAGCUCUCAUCAGUAUACCAUAGAUGUAUCUUAACUCCGGACACGCAGUGAAUAUUGGUGAGAUGUAACAGAUAGCAUUAUUAUUACAUCACACCAAAAGCUUACUGAUAAGAACCAACAGGUUCAAAACCGGUACAUGUCUGGUGGUUUUACUGACGAACGAUCCCAGCUGUUUUUUAGAUAAAAUGUGAGUAUAAUUCAAUGCUGGUUGAAGCAUUAGUCCUCAGAGUAAUUGUUCCCCCGAAGUACCUGUGAAAUAGCAGGUCACUCUCUGUCAAUUUGAAGAGGUAUUGAGUAACAUUGACCAUUCAUAGAUGUAGAUAAUAAUGAAUAACACCUUACGCCUUGGAAAAUAUAAUAAGAAGUUACUGUGAGGUAAUUUAAAAUAUGCCACGCUGUACGCAGGCGCACUUUCUCUGUGCCGUAUUUUUCCACUUUUGGCAGCACAGUCUUUUUUUGUACGAUACUCAUAAGUAAACUCAAAAGCGAAACAAACUAACACGCAUUCCAGUCGCACCAAAAAAUUUAGUUGUUACGAGGAUCGGAGUCCUUUUUUUUUGGUUUUCCAUUUUUGAGACGUGCCGGGAUCAGAACGCUGACGUCAUUGCUACUGGAGCUUUAAGAGAAUUUCUUCUUCACCGAUUAAAAGAAUACUCGACGAAAACUUAGGUUUGCUUUAGUAGAUUGUAGUGUAAACCGUCCAGUUGCUAGUUUGUGUACAUAUCGAAGUCACUCAUACUCGAUGUGUGAUGUCUAGCCUAGCGCUACGAGCUGUAACUCUUACAUUAGAUAAAGACUGCGGUGUGGUCCAAUAUUUCGCGAUGUAGGGACACUUAUUAAACAUAUCUAAAAUAAGUGGAGCAUAUAUUUUUCUAGGGUGAAGUCGAGGAGGAUUUCGAAUACACUUUAAGACCAAGAUGCUUUGGUACUAUUGCUUUAUUUGAGGAUAUUAUACAAAAAAAAAUAACGUACAUAUAUCCGAAAUACUUUUUAUAAUAAAUAUUCUACUGGUAUGUUGUACAUAUAUUGUUUCAUAGUUUCAGAGUUUUGCUUAUAUAUAGAUAUGAGAUGUUAUUUACAAGAUAUUGUUAGAACAAUUACCCUCUAGGUUAAUAACGUAUUUAAAAUUGUACGACUUAGACUUUUUCAGUAAUAUACUGUACAUUUGCACGAACCAGUCAUCAUUUAUCUUUACAGAGUGGAGGAUCUUCAUAAAUACGCUUACAUUUAUUGUAAAGUUAUGUCAAUAGCACAUUAUAUACAGUGUAUUUUCAA